AUGGCUGAUUCCUACACCAAAUCCUACGUCAAUGACUCCGACCCGCUCUAUCUCUAUACCUCUCUGACUGCAGGCUCAUCCCACAUAAUCACAGCAACUUCGCGACUGGAAACAAUCCUAAAAGCCAACAAUAUCCUCUUCCGGGCCGUCGAUGUUGCGACUGAUGAGGAAGCACGCAGGUUGUGGGGUAGACGGUCAAGGGGGAAAAAGCUGCCCGGGCUAGUCAGGGACGGGAUGAUUGUUGGGGAUUUAGAAGAGAUUGAGGAGUGGAAUGAAUACGGCGAGCUCAAAAUGCGCCUUGGCAGCGAGUCUUCGAUGUCCACAAGCAGGCCCACAGCCUUAUCUAAGUCAGACAUUACCCACCCCUCAAUCACUGCUGUUCCGACUUCACUUCCCGUUGAACCCACUCCCUCAAAUCAAUUCCAAAUCCAAGAGUUCCCAUCAAGGGUCCUGCUGCUAGAGGAUCCUCUCACACUUGCUUUACGACAAGCCGGAGAAGAGACAGCUUCAAAAGCUAAGGAGAACACACGAACAAAACUAGUCGCCAAUUCGGCCUCUGCAAAUACCCAGGGAACGGUUUCGGCCGUCUUAGAAAAGACAAAUCCUGAGACAUCCGAGCCUGAUGAGAAGAGGAACUCAGAGCCCCUAGGGUCGCUAAAAGGUGUCCCGGAACGUAUAGAAGAAAUUGGUGAAAGCAUCUCGGCUCACAGGCCCUCCCUCUCCGGGGUAGCUACGACAUCAAGUGCCGACUUGGAGGCGAACUUCGCUAAGGGAAUGUCCCCGCCAAAGCAUGAUCGUGGGACUGUGGUUUCUGUCACAUCACCCAGUGAGCAAAAUCAACUUGUCAGGGAGCUUAGUACAUUGCAUCAGGGGGCUGCCCUUAGGGAUGAAGGCACAACUGGGAAGUCAGAUGCCGCCCCUGCAGGUGAACACGUCAAGGUGAAGGAGAGUUAUCCCAGAAAGGAAUCAGGUUUCCAUGCCUCAUGCGACGAUGAACAAAACACUGAUAAGAAAGAGGAUGAAGAAGUGACAGUCGCUGGAACAUCAAAAGACUGUGUUUGA